AUGUCGUCCCCGUCUCCCAAGAAGAAGCCUGACCACCUGGGCGAUUUUACAGCCGGCGAAAUGAAGCUCAUUAUGGCCAGUGUCCUGUGCACCCCAGGAAAGAUCGACACCAACAAGCUCGGAAAGCUGACCAGCAUGAAGAGAAAUUCGGCAGCAAGCCGAUUCCCAUCUGUCAAACGCAAGCUGGAAAAGAUGUUCGAGAAUCAGCUGGACACCCUAGGCGCGCAGGAUGACACGGCCGUGAAUGACAACUCUCCCCCUAAGAGCCGAGCGAAGAAGCGUCGUGACAAAGUUGUGGGACCACAGCCGAAGGCCGAACUUAAGACCGACACCCAGGCUGAAUCUGGAGAAAGUUUCGAUACUCCCGUGAAGAUCGAGACUGAUGUUGAAUCUGAAGAUGAUACCAAAGAUGAGAAGAACAAGGCCGAUCUUGUCAACAUCAAGGCUGAACCUAUCGACUAA